GCCGGAUAUGACGACACAUCUUUGCUGUUCGUAAACAAACAUGGCGGACGCUGAAUUUGUGCCUCCCGUUUAUUUUGCGAUCUGUAAUAUCCCGCCGGUAUUUCGCUCCGCAGAUCUGAGAAAUUAUUUUAGCCAGUUUAUAGAAAGUGGUGGUUUUAAAUGUUGUCACUUUCGCCACCGUCCAGAAGUUCUUAAAGAUACGGAAAAGCUUCCAAAUGAGGACAGCGAGGCAACAAGCUCUGAGAACCCCGCACCGAGUGAGCGAACCCCGAAGGAUGGCGAGCUGCGGAGAACGGUGAAAUCUUGCUGUUGUGUCGUUUCUGUCCACGCUUCCCACGCUGACACAUUUAUGAAGAUGUAUUCUGGAAAUCACUGGAUCGACUCAAAGGGAAAUUGGUUAACCAAACGCUGUAUUAUUAAAAGAAUCAGAGUUUCACAAGACAAAGGUGAAGAGUCAUUUCCAUACAAGACAAAAUCUGAACAGCGUCGCCAUUUAUCGCUGUCAGAGCAUUUCACAGAGAAUGACCUCAAAACCUUAUCAGAAUUAAAUCCACCAGCUUUGAUGCCAAAUGGAAAUGUAGGCACUCCUGUAACAGUUUUCCUCCAGCUCAUCCAAUCAUGUCGCCUUCCUCCACGCCUUAUAAGGAAGCUGGGCCUAGUUUUUCCCAAGACCAGCUCCAACCGUCGUUAUGGGAAUGUGCCAUUUCAGUAUCAUAACACUUGCACUCUCCCAGCCACAGAAGAAACUGUUUUAACUGCAACAGGGCAUGAAAUAUCAGGACCGGGCACUUUAGCUCCUUCACUUUCAGAAAGAAAGAAGCCAAAUGAUAGCACUCAAACAGAAAACACAGAAGAGCCAGAAACAAAAGAAGAAGACUCACAGUCUGAUGCUGAUGAUGAUGACGACUUUUGUGAGGAAUGGGAGCGCCAUGAGGCCUUACAUGAAGAUGUAACCAGCCAGGAACGGACCAAAGAGAGGGUCUUUGAAGAAGAGAUCGAGUUAAAAUGGGAAAAAGGGGGCCCUGGACUGGUGUUUUACACAGAUGCCCAGUACUGGCAAGAGGAGGAGGGAGAUUUUGAUGAACAAACGGCAGAUGACUGGGAUGUUGAUAUGAGUGUUUAUUAUGAUAAAGAUGGUGGUGACAUGGACGCUCGUGACUUUAUACGUAUGCGAUAUGAAAACAGACUACGAGAUGGUCUUGCAGAUGGAUCUGGUCAAGGCCAAUCUAUUGGAAAAUUUGAAAAGUUCACUAAGGGCUUUGGACGACGUGUGAUGGAGAAGCAGGGUUGGAAGGACGGUGAAGGUUUAGGGAGCAGUCAAACUGGAAUGCCUGAAGCCUUAGAAAAUGAGGGCCAACAUCCAAACUGCAAAAGAGGAUUUGGGUACCAUGGAGAGAAACUGCUAUUGCAUUCAACAAAAAAGUCAAAACCAGAUUUUCAUAUAACCACAGUAUAUGACAAGCCAAAAGACAUGGAUGGAGGCGAUACAUUGUUGAGGCGCCAACCUUCCACCAGCAUGAAAUACCGAGGCUGGCAGCCUGGGGGCAGCAUAGGACCUAAAAGAUGACAUGAAAAUCUGAAAUGUUAAGAAUUUUUUUACAUUUUAAAACGAAAACAUUUUCUUAAAUUAACUGUAAAAAUGAAAAAGGUUUACUAUAAAAGUACGCAAUUUUAAACACGC